AUGGCGCUGUACGUGUGGGGCAAGACCUGCGGCAUGAACGACACGACGGUGAGCGACAAGGAGCGCUCCGUGUACUACCCGCACUUUGGUGGCAGCGUCAUCACCGACUUCGCCGCCGGCGAAAACCAUGCGCUCGCCGUGACCGAGUUUGGGGACGUGUACUCGUGGGGUCGAGGCAACGACGGCGAACUCGGGCAUGGUGACCGCGCGGCGCUGACAACGCCGCAGCGCAUCAAGGGCCUCGAAGACCAGAUCGUGACCAACGUGGCAUGCGGCAACGUGCACUCCGUCGCGGCCACGAUCUCGGGUCAAGUGUACAUGUGGGGUCUCUUGCACGACCCCGACCAGCCGAGCGAGCCAACGUCCAGCGCUGCCUCGGGCAUGCUACACGGCCUCACGCCUGCCGCGCCCAUCGAUACGACGCUGGCGCCGGAGCUCACGUUUUUCCAGCGCAUCGUGCAGGACGCCGAGUCGCGUUUCACCGAGGGCGAGAACCAAGUCUCCGACUACGAGCAAGGCAUGAACAAAGUGUCUCUUUUUCGCAGUCGGCAGACGCUGCCGCGGCUCUGCACGUCGCUUGUGGGGCAUGUCAUCACGAAAGUCGUGGCAGGCUUUGGUCACAGCAUGGCCAUUGAUUCGUGCGGUCAAGCGUACAGCUGUGGCUACAACGAGCACGGACAACUUGGCCUCAACCACGUUCGCAUCAUGACCGAGUUUACCAAGAUACCAGCGUUUGCAGGCUCCUUUGUCAAGGACAUUGCGUGCGGCCAGCAGCACAACCUCGCGCUCGUCGUCUCGUCGCCCAUGCUGGGCAGCGUCGCGCAGUGUUAUACGUGGGGCUUGGGCGCCUUGGGACAGCUCGGCCACGGCACGCGCCGUUCGCUCAUGGAGCCGGAGCUCGUGACGGGCCUCCCCGAGCCGAUUAUUGGCGUUGCGGCGGGCAGUCACCACAGCGUCGCCGUCGAUGAAACUGGUGCUGUGUACACAUGGGGCCACAGCGAAUACGGCCAACACGGUGUCGCCUUUAACGGCCGGGAUUUGUACGACAACCGCAAGUAUUUUGUACCGGUCAAGCACGAGUCUCUCAUCGACAUCGUCUCGGUCACGUGCGGCUCGCACUUUACGCUGGCGACGGAUGUGCACGGAGUCUUGCACUCGUGGGGCUGGAACGCGUUUGGCGUCCUUGGCACGGGCUUCUUCCAGGGCUACACGUUGCCGCAGCCACUCGACCACCUCCGCGGCCUCUCGCUCUGCCACACGCGCGCGGGCUACAACCUCUGCGGUGCGAUCGUGCAGUACCUCGGGCUGCCGUACGCGAUGGGCUUUCGGUCGCUUCUUGCCUCGGGCGCGUGUUCCGACGUCUCGGUGGCGCUCAAGGACACGGUGAUCCCAUUGCACAAGGUGUUUCUCCAGGCGCGCUGCCCGCAGCUGUAUGGCUACAUCCGCGCGGCCAUCGCAUACGGCGACGCACCGUCGGGGGUCGAAGGCCUCGACCUCCCGGGCCUCGAUGCGUCCAUCUUGAAGGCGCUUCUGACGUACCUGUACGCCGACCGGCUCGAGGUCGCUCCGCACAAGCUUGCGGCGCUGCGCUCGGUCGCAGAAGCCCUCGGUCUCACGGACCUCGUCGCGCGCUGCGUGCACCACCGCAAGCAGCGCGGCCAGGCGGCGCCCGAGCCCUCGUCGGUCUUUAGCCGCGAUAUGGCGACCGUCGUUCUCGAUGCCACGGACGCCGACGUCUGUUUCCUCUGGGACGGCGCGCGGCUGCCGGCGCACAAGGCGCUCCUGAGCACGAUCCCGUACUUUGAGAGCAUGUUCUCCGGUCGGUUCCGUGACGUCGGCGACACAGUCUCGCUCGCCGACAUGGCCGGCGACGGCUUGGACGUCGACACGUUCAAGCGCGCGCUUCACUGGCUCUACACGGGCGACCGCACGAUGCUCCAGACGCUCGACCUGGACCAAGUCGUCGAGCUCGUGGUCAUGGCCAACCUCUUGGGUAUCGAGAGCCUCGUCAACGUCUGCACGCUCCAGCUCUCGGCGCUCGUGGCCAACGAUCCCACAGACGACCUCCUCGCACUCUGCUGGGACGUCGCCGACCGCUUGGAUCUCCAGCGCCUCAAGUCGCAGUGCCGAGUGCUUCUGGACGCCGCCAAGUAGACGACAACCACGGCCGCCAUCAUCCCACGAUGUAAAUGGCUUUUCACAUGCUCGUUCCUUGAUC